CCACCGUAAAUUUUGUGGCCGACACAAGAUCGGUGUCCAAGGUACCACCUGCUACUUUCAGUCUCCCUUGAAAACCAUCUACCCCUUCGGCUACAUCUACCCACCACGAUGCCCACCUCUCAUGCCUGGCAACUGCUCUGUAGCGAGCUCACUGAAGGCGACGCGGACUUGUUGCUGCUGGGAAUGAAAGCCUACAAGGCCAUCAAAAGCCAACUCAUGCCCUGCACCGUGUGUACGUCAGCAUCGCCGCAUUCAAUGCGGUACAAAACCCUAAGCUGUGUGUGCAAGCAGUGCAAGGCGGUGUCCCCGUUUAUUAAGUGCCCGUGGCGUGCCAAGGUGCUGGUCUGCCAGGAAGCCAAGACGGUAACCAUAAGCGAGCUUGAGAAGCACUUCACUGCAGCUAACCCGCGCCGCAAACCCUCCAUUACACGAGCACAACGGACGUUCAUCCACGACAUGACUCGCGAAAACCUAACACCGCUCCGUAUUCUACACGCAAUGUCGCGCAAGUUCUCGCUGAGCCUACAAGACCUGCCCGAAUUACGCAAAGUGCAAAAUUGUGUUAGCCAUUUUCGGCGGACCAGGCUCGGCGGCAAUGAUCGCUUCAGUAACGUGGCAGAACACUUUGCAGCUGCAUCCUUCACUGGCAGCGAAGCAGAAAAUGAAGCUUUUACGUUUACCCGAGAGACCGACAUCAGCGGCAAGUGCGUUGUGGGCGACGGCUCGGACGACAGGCCAUUCGUUGUUGGCGUUACGACAAAGUCACUCUUACGCUCGGCAAACCGCGACCCAGCCUCAGUUAUCCUGCAUGUGGACGCGACAUUCCAGUUGGACCAAGUAAGCUACCCGGUUAUUGUCUGCGGACUUUCCGAUGGAUCGCGUCGGUUUCACUUGCUGGCUCUACUUCUUACGUCUCAGUUGGAAGAAGCUCACUUCUUUAGUGCAUUUGCUGCACUGCGUGCGGUGUUUGCUCAGGUGACUGGCGAACGACUGAGUGUGCGAUACGUCAUGGGCGACGCCGACUCGGCUCAAUUCAAUGCAGUGCGGAGCGUCUUUGGAAUUGUCUGCACGUACACAUAUCUCAUGUGUUUUUACCACGUCGUUGCCAAAGUACGGGCUGCGGUUAAAGAGCGUAUGCGUGGCCUACAUAGCGACCUUGUGGCUAUGGUCUUUAGAGACAUCUACGAUCUGCACUUCUCUUUCACUGAAGACGAGUACUUCACGCGAAUGAAGGAGGUGUUGUUCCAGUGGAACAAGCGGCCAGAGUUGGAUACUUUUCGGAUGUACAUGGAAAAGCAAUGGUUGUCACGAAACUUUAGCAACUGGCAGUGCUAUCUCACUCCAUCGGGGUUUGCCACUACUAACAACCCCUGUGAGACGUUUAAUCGAGCGUUCAAAAGAGAUUACACGCAAAAAAGGAAGCUCAAGCUGGUUCUUCUACUGCAGCAGAUGCGUGACUGCUGCAGCCAUAGGUCAAUGGCGGCGCUGGAGUUUCUUCAGCAUCGAAAACGGGACAAGCGCCUCCAAGCACGGGCGACCUCUCUUCGUACGAGCGGUUUCCUCCGUGAAUAUGUGCACGACCGGUGCAGCAUAAACUUCUUGAUUGAUGACACGGGUGAUGAAGUCGUAAGGGUUCUAGCAGCGCAGCCACCGCGGUUCUACGUUCCUUCGCGCGGCAGGUCGGAGGAGGCUCUAGACGUGGCCGCUCAAUUCUCCGUCAGCUAUGCUAGAAUGGACGUGGAUUCACAGCCGAGCACUGGUUGGCCAGUUAAUCUUACGGCCGAGUAUUGUCCGUGUCGAUACCACGCAAAAAUGAACUGCUGCGUUCACUGGAUUUUUGCACUGCAUGUACGCAGCCAUGUUGACGGAACGGGCGAGAAGUUGAUGGUUAACCGGAGCCGCAAGCGCCGCAACGAUGCAGAAAUUAACAGGCGAGAGCCUGGUCGCCCGAUGAAUGCCGGGCAUGCACUACAGAAAGAUUAAUACACAACCGACAGUAAUUAGUAGGCGGUAAUGAGUCAUGGAUGUCGCUCUCGAUAAUAUCACAGUACCUUGCAUGUUGGGCCACUGACAGA